CAAAACUAAUGGAGCCGGACUGCGGAAGGAUGUAAAAUAGUUGAAAAAAAUCCAUAUUUGCUCAUCAUUUACUUGAUUAUAUGAUUAAUACAGUGGAUAAAAAGUAUCAUUCCACCACCUUUGUCGACUUGGGCAAACAUCUGAAACAAGAGACAAUGAAAGAUGCUCAAAAAAGGGAUUUUGUUAUUCAGAGUUGGACUAUUUACUGUACGUUCGUUGGCGUACAACAAAGCAAAUUCCAGGGCGAUUGUUCUGGAUGCGGCCUUCAAGCCUGUGUUCUGGGUAGUGGAUAAGCUUGUUAGCGUUUUAGGACCGGCUUUUGUUCUUCUUGUGGUUGGCCUUAUUUCAACUGUUGUUAUUAUUUAUUACACAUCAAUAUUACCAACAAUCCUUGAGGAACACAUUCUGUGGAUUGUCAUUCAUAUUGUUGUGGCACACUGGCUCUUGUUGAAUAUUUCUUUUCAUUAUUUUAAAUCUGUUUUUACCAGCCCAGGCCAUCCACCAAAGGAGGAAAAACUGCCUGGCAAUGUUAGAGAUUUCCUAAUUUGUAGAAUAUGUUUGCAUCCCAAGCCACAAAGGACUCAUCAUUGUUCCAUAUGUAAAAAGUGCAUCUUAAAGAUGGAUCAUCAUUGCCCUUGGAUAAAUAACUGUGUAGGCCAUUUUAAUCAUCGUUACUUCAUUCUUUUCUGUAUCUACAUGUGUCUUGGGUCAUUCUAUGUUGCUGUUUGUUCAUGGGAAUUAUUCAUGGAGCAUUUCUUUGAUGACAAGAAAACUGAAAAAGAUAAAUCAACAGAAACUCAAAUGCAAGAAAAGAUUGCCGUCAUGUUUGGAAGAUACAGGAGUUAUUCUGACUUUGAACACAACAGCAUCAUAUUUGUAUUCAUGCUGUGUUCAGCUGUGUCGUUAGCGCUAGGUUUCCUUACAGCUUGGCAUGUCUUGCUGAUUGUCAAGGGUGAAACGUCAAUAGAGUUGCACAUCAAUAAGUCCAAUAGGAUCGCAUUUCGAAAGAAAGGAUAUGUGUAUACAAAUCCAUAUGAUUAUGGACGAUGGGAGAACUGGAAGCUGCUGUUAGGAAUUGUCAACGGCAGGUAUGAAGCAAGGAAUGACUGUCAAUCAAACUACAAUGGUUUACUAAAAAAAUAUAAUUUUAACUCUAGGUCCUGGGCAAGUGUACUGUGGCCUUCAUCACAUCACCCAUAUGGUGAUGGUCUAACAUGGAAACCACCACAAAAAUCGUUCAAGAUUUCAGGAAGAAGAAAUUUUUUACCCGUAUGAGUGUACUAGCAGUUAGAGUAGAAUAGGAAAUGCUUUAUUUGUAUUAUUGAUAUUUUUAUCAAAAAAUAGAAUUAUGAAAUCAAGAUGAUUGAGUAGAACACUAGACAAUAAUUGUACAUUGUAAGAAUAUUUAACAUAGACCACUUUUUAAAUUUUUCUGUAUAUUAAGAAUAAUAGGAUAUGAAAGAAAAAAAUUAUCGUUGGAAUUUGGAUUAUUUCUUUCAUGUUUUCCUUUCAGCAAUGCAUGCAUUCAAACUACCCUGUAAUUGUUCAAACUACCCUGUAAUUGUGAGACAAAACUAUAGCAGAAGCAUAUUAUGCAAUAUGUACAAAAGGAAUGCAGUAAACAAAAAGAAAAACUAAA